GAUUUCGUGCCUGAUCGGUGCGCGUUAAAGUGUCGAUAGUGAUCAAGGCGUACCAUGGAGCAACCAUGACGCACCCGUCGCAUCAGACCAACGGCGCCAGCUUGGAGGACUGCCACACGAACUUCUUCGCGCUGACGGACCUCUGCGGCAUAAAAUGGAGGAAGCUCGUGUGGGGCGAGGCGAGCGGCGGGUUCGGGGGCACCCCGCUCGAGGACCCGGUGCUGUCGAGCUUCUCGCGGUGCCUGGCCGGCGACAUCCUCUGCGUGUGGCGGCGGGUGGCCGCCGCCCCCGCCCCCGGCUCCGGCCCGCCCGGGGGUGGCGCCUCCGGCGGGAUCUUCGACCUGGGCAUCGCGCCCUCCCCGGCGCCCCCGCCCCUCUCCCUCACCGCGGCCAAGGAACUCUGGAUCUUCUGGUACGGCGAGGAGCCCGACCUCUCCGGCCUGGUCUCGCCGGAGCUCAUCGCCUGCGAGAGCGAGCAGGGGUCUUGGGAGAGCGGACUGUCGUACGAGUGCCGGUCACUUCUCUUCAAGGCUCUGCACAACUUGAUCGAGCGGUGCCUGCUGUCCCGUGACUUCGUCCGCCUUGGAAAGUGGUUCGUGCAGCCGUACGACGGCUUCGAGAAGCAUCGUUGUAACAGCAGUCAUCUGUCCUUCUCCUUCGCGUUCUUCGUCCACGGGGAGAGCACGGUAUGUGCGAGCGUCGACGUCAGGCAACAUCCCGCGGUGCGCCAUCUGACGCGGACUUGCCUGCAGCGGACCCAGACCACUCAAUCCGGCGUUAAAGUGAUCCUGGCGCCCUACGGCCUGGCCGGCACCCUCACCGGUCAGGUGGGCCGCGUGGACGGCCAGCUCCUGGAGGAAUGGCGGCACUUCUACCCGAUCAACGGCGCCGCGGGUGCCGCGGGCGCCGUCGACUCGGGCCUGCCGCCCCUGGUGGAGGUCCUCGUGGGCGGGGUCCGGAUGCGCUACCCCUCCUGCUACGUCCUGGUGACCGACAUGGACGACACCCCGGGUGAGGCGCCGCUCUCGCCGCCCUACAGCCCGGCGAGCUACGACCACCCGCUCUCGACGCAGCGCGACACCCGGCCGGCCACCGAGCUGCCGGAGCGCGUCUGGGCCGAGUGCUCCCUCGCCAAGCCCGGCGAGGCCAGCCCCGAGCCCGGCACCUGGCACUUCGUCGACCCGACCCAGAAGUCUUCCUGCACCUGCUCCAAGUGGUCGACCCCCGGGGGUUGGAAGGGCCUGACCUCUCAGGCUCAGAGGGUAGAGAAGGGUGGAAGGAGGGCCGUACCUUUCCACCGGCGCUCCACCACCCAGUGGGACGCGGGUCCCUCCGCCCCUGCCAAUGGCCCAAGGUCGCUGCCGAGCAGAACGGAGGCGCCCGGGACCCCGCUGGGCGGGCCGCCGUCGUACUCGCGGGGGCCGCCGACGGGCGGCGACUGCCUCCCGGUGCCGUCGGCCGGCUCGCCGGGCUCGCCAGCGCCCUCGCCGCUGCCGACGCCGCACUCGGAGCCGGCGUCGGUACCGCCGGCGGACCCCACGAUGCCCACCCUGAGCCCGCAGCCGCCGCCCAGCCACGCGAACACUGCCCCGCCGAUGACGCCGCCCCAGGGCCCCAAGUCGAGCGCCUCCUCGACGGCCUGCCAUCCGCACUCCUCCAGCCCUUCGCCCGGCCCGGGCCCCGGCCCCGGUCCCGGUCCCGGUCCCGGCCCCGGCCCAGGUCCCGGUCCCGGUCCCGGUCCCGGCCCCGGCCUCGGCCUCGGCGCCGGUCCCGCCCUGAAGCGGCCCAUCCUCGCGUCGCGCGAGUACGAGGGCGCCCUGCUCGAGGACGAGCAGCCGCUCUCUUGGCUCUACGACUACUCCACGCAGGAAGCAUGGCUGAACCAUCCCGUCAAGCGGUUCAAGGGCGCGCCCACGGCGCCGGCCAACCUGAGGCCCGGCAGCCUGUACCCGCCCUGCGCCGCGGCCUCGGCCGCUGCCGCCGCCGCCGCAGCAGCGGCCGCCGCGGCGACCGCCGCCACGGCCCAGCACCAUCUGCAGCCCCGCACGCCCAAGCUCGAGAUCAAGCAGGAGCCCAGCGUGCCGCUCGCGGGCGAGGGUCCGGGCGGCAGGACGGACCCGUACGAGUUCGACGCGGCCGGCGAGGACAACGGCGGCACCGGCGUGGACGGUCUGCGGCGGCAGAGGGACGACCCGCCGAAGCCGGGCUCUCUGUUCACCAGCGAGGGCUUACAGGCGUCCUACAAGGACCUCGACCAGAUCUUCGACAACUCCGACCCCGACACGUCCAGCGACGAGACCAACCUGAACCAGCUCCAAGUACAAACCCCGCCGGGCUCGAACAAGUCCGGGGGCCUGCACGAGGACGCCAGGCUGGACGGGGCCACCAAGCACAACGGCCGCGGCGUGGGCUCGCUGCGCCCGGAGGAGCUCUCCAAGAUGUUCCCCACUCCGCCCUCCCUGGAGCACAACCCGGUGGCCUCGCCCUGCCAGCUCAGCGACGCGCCCAUGGACCAGACCGAACUGGCCGCCCCGCAGCGGUCUCUGCGCCAUCUGCCGGACAUCUACCCCAACAUGGGCUCGCCCCCGGAGGAGCCGAUCGACGACUGGUCCUACGUCUUCAGGCCCAUGCCCGUCUGCAAGCUGGUCGGCUCCUCCAAGUACGCCCCGCUGACCAACCUGCCCAGCCAGUCGCUGCCCUCCGUCACGUUGCCGCCGCACUGCGUCUACAGGCCUUCGUGGCAGUGCGGCCAGCCCGCCUCCGUGGGCGCCGAGAAGCAGCCCCUGCCGCCGACCAGGCCCAACUCCGUGCAGCAGCAGCAGCAGCAGCACCAGCACCAACACCCGCACCAGCACCAGCACCAGCAGCAACAGCCGCAGCAGCCGCAGCAGCCGCAGCAGUCGCAACCGCCGGUGCAGUCGCAGCAGCAAUCGCAACAGCAGCUGCCGCAGCCGCUGCCGCAGCCGCCGCCGCAGUCGCAGCCACCGCCGCAGUCGCAGCAGCCUCCAUCGCAGCACCAGCAGCACCAGCAGCACCAGCAGCAUCAGCAGCAACACCAGCAAACCUGUCCGCCCAGUCCGGCGCCGCUCGGCGCGCCCUACAGGUCCGCCACCCUGCCCGGCAGGCCGCCUCCUCCACCCUACGACCAGCCCAGCCCAGCCACCUCCACGACCUCCUCCUAUCUCAACAAGAACCUGAACAGCAUCGAGGCCGACACCCCCGGACCCACCCGAGCCCCGGAGUCUAACUCCCUCGUGGUGAACAUCCUCCUGGGCGACACCGCGCUCAACAUCUUCCGCGACCACAACUUCGACAGCUGCAGCCUCUGCGUCUGCAACGCCGGCCCGAAGGUCGUCGGGAACAUCAAGGGCGCCGACGCCGGGGUCUACCUGGCGAGCGCGUGGAGCAGCGGCGGCACCCUCUUCCAGGACGACGACCAGAUCAAGUGCAGCUGCGGCUUCAGCGCCGUGGUCAACCGCCGCCUGGCCCACGGCGCCGGCCUCUUCUACGAGGACGAGAUGGAGAUCACGGGCAUCGCCGAGGACCCCGCCGAGAAGAAGAAGAGCUCUCUGGGGAGCAUCGCCUGCGGCGGCGCCGCCGGCAAGCCCCCGGACGGUCUGGACGCGAUCCCGUCCGGCGUCCUGGAGCUGCUCAGGGAGCAGUGCCUGAUCGUCCAGAGCUCGGCCAGCAGCCUCUGCAGGGCUGCCAGGAUCUACGCGAGUCCGAAGGGCCCCGCGCCUCUGGCCACGACCGUCAACGCUCUGGAGUUCAACGACGGCAACGAGGUGUCCCUCGCCGCCCUGGACCAGGGCAAGGUCGACGGCUCGCAGAACGAGCGCCCCGGCCGGGUCAACGGCGUCCACCGGUGGGCCUUCCUCAGGGCGAAGGGGCCCCAGUGCAGCGGCGACAUAGUCAGGAUGAUGAGGGCCCUGCAGCCGCUCCUGCAGGAGGCCGUGCAGAAGAAGUGCACCACCAGGAUGUGGGAGGCCCCCUACACCGUGGCCGGUCCCCUCACCUGGCGACAGUUCCACCGGCUCGCCGGGAGGGGCACGGACGACCGCUGCGAGCCGCAGCCCAUCCCGGCCCUGAUCGUCGGCUACGACCGGGACUGGUUGUCUCUGUCGCCCUACGCCCUCAGCUACUGGGAGAAGCUGCUGCUGGAGCCUUACGCCGGGCCUCGGGACGUGGCGUACAUCGUCGUCGCCCCCGACAGCGAUCCCGUCAUCGGGAAGGUCAAGUCCUUCUUCAGGGAGCUGUCCACCACUUACGAGAUCUGCCGUCUGGGAAGACACACGCCCAUCUCGAAGGCGCUGCGAGACGGUAUCCUUCGAGUGGGGAAAUCGGCUGUACAAAAGAUGUCGAAGCAACCGAUCGACGAGUGGUUCAAGCUUCUAGGCGAGAAUCAGACCGGGGAAUUACUGAGGCUCUACGCCCAAGUGUGCAAUCAUCGGCUGGCACUGUACCUCACCCAAGUGAUUCAGGACCGCAGUCUUCUGGAUCCCGGGGACUCGCAGGCUUCUAGCAAGCAGCAAUCGCAAUCUGCCGUGCCAGCGGUCGAAACUAUGCCUGCCACUCCUGACAGCACCGGUGCUGUCAAAACGGAACCUGUCGAAGGUGAAAACUCCCGAAGCGAAACACCCUCCUCGACCACUACGGCCAACUCGAACGCGUCAAUGGGCAACGUUACGCCGACUUCGCAGACGACUUCCACGACGACCACCACCGUCGGGCCCGACGAGGAGGUGGUGGAGCCUCCGUCCGUGGUCGUCUACCUGGUGGAACCAUUCUCCUUCGGAAGCGUCGAGAAUCCAGAUCGCCGAAGAUUGGCGAUUCUGGCCCUUCUACGAGCUUAUUCCGCCGCAGUCAAUAGUAUGCCUGAAAACAUCAGGUCCAAUAUUAACGUUCAACUGAUAUCUUUGGAGAGCAUAAUGGAACUAGGACGUGCACGUGAAAGGCGAAAAAUUCAAGACGAAAUGAGAGCUCUGGCGCUUAAUGUGUUCUUGCAAGGAAGACGAUUGUUGAAUCACAACUCGACGGUGAAGAGUCUGACUGGCUUCGGCACCGCCGCCGCUGCCGAUCUCUUCCUGAAGAGCAAAGACUCGCUUGGUAACCCUCUUCCAACUGUACAUCAGGAACGAAAUCGAGCUCCGUACAGGCUGUACGCUCCGGCCUACGUUUUGGCACCCUUGAGGGCCAAAAGCGAAGCGCCGGAGUCGUUCGGCAUAGCAGGACCCGAGGAGUGCGCCGUCCUCUACCUGAGCUACUGCCUCAGCGAAGAUCAGUCGUGGCUGCUGGCCGUGGCCACCGAUGACCGAGGCGAGAUCUUCGAGACCGCCACCAUCAACAUCGACGUGCCCAACAGAAAGCGACGGAAACGAGCUUCCGCUAGGCGCGUCGGCCUGCAGAAACUCAUGGAUUUCAUCCUCGGCGUCAUGUCGCAAGGGGUGCAGCCGUGGAGACUAGUAGUCGGUCGAGUGGGUCGCAUCGGACACGGCGAACUGAAAGGGUGGAGUUGGUUGCUCUCGAGGAAGGCACUUCUGAAGGCUUCGAAACAUCUGAAGGAGAUAUGCGGUCAAUGCAGCCUCCUCUACCCGUCGGCGGCACCUUGCGUGCUCAGCGCCUGCUUGGUCUCUCUCGAGCCGGAUUCCACGCUUCGCCUGAUGGCCGAUCAGUUUACUCCGGACGAGAGGUUCAGCCAGGCCUCGGUCAAUUGCCAACUGUCCACUCCGCAAGACGUUACGUGCACUCAUAUACUCGUCUUUCCUACCUCCGCGACGACUCAGUCCUCUCAGACCGCGUUCCAAGAGCAGCACAUAAACGGUCCGGAGUUAGGUGACGACGAAUUGUUUUACGUGUUAAACGAUGACAUGCCCGAGGGAAUGGAGGGUAUGGGCGAUUUCAAUGACAUCUUCAACGUGUGGCCCGAAGCCGGUGCCGGAGGGGGCCAAAGUCCCGGGGGCAGUCCCCAUCGUCCGGAAGGAUCUCCUUUGGGCGGCGACGGUGGCGGCUCCGGAUUAGGAAAUCACGACGGACCCGGCAGUCCAUUCCCGUGCAACAAUACUCCGAGAGUAGCCAUAGCGGAACAAGCGGAGGAAGUGGGAACGUUGUUGCAGCAACCACUGGCUUUGGGUUACUUGGUUUCCACGGCACCAACGGGUCGGAUGCCGAGUUGGUUCUGGGCAGCUUGUCCGCACCUCGAAGGUGUAUGUCCCGUAUUCUUGAAAAACGCUUUGCACCUGCACAGUCCUGCCAUUCAGCAGAACAGCGACGACCUGCUGCAACAGCAAAGCGCUCUCACCGUUCAUCCUCUCGAUUCACAGUAUACCACCGACGUACUUAGGUACGUGCUGGAAGGUUACAACGCGCUCUCCUGGCUGGCGGUGGACACGAACACGAAGGACCGACUGUCCUGUCUGCCGGUGCACGUGCAGGCGUUGAUGCAGCUCUACCACGCGGCCGCUGCUCUCGUCUGACCCACACCCUCACCCCUUGUAAAGCGACGCGAACGCCACCUCUCUCAAGCACUCGUUAUCGUACCGCCGUCACUUGGGGCUUUGCGAGAGCAACCGGAGCCGCGCGACCCGAGCCUCCUCCUGUCGUUCCGGGUCGCCAUUCUCGCGGGGAACGCCCGAGCUCCGGGAGGUACCGGUGGGCUCCUGCCACCCGCGUCCGGCACGCGGGGAACGGACAGAUCGGGCGAUCGGUUUCGGAGCGAUGUCGGAACGAUGUCGGAGUACCGACUACCGAGAAAGGGGGCCCGUCCUUCUCACUUCUUCGGGAAAAUGGGCGAAGCGCGGUCGCGAUGGUCGUGGACGACGGGAGGAAUCGCGUCGCGCCGUGGAAGGCUGCGCGGUAGGAUCUAUUUACACUUUUUCUAAUGCAGCAGACAUAUUCAAAUUAGAUUACACUUUGUGUUCGUAGAGGUUAAUCGAUAAGGAAGGACCGGAGGCGGAGGGAGGAGGAGGAGGAGAAGGAGAGAAAGUGUUGGAACAAAGGGGAAAAUAACGUGGACGUUCGAGGAGGUAUCGCGAAUUGUUCGACCAGAGGACGCGCGACAAGAUAUCCCACGAAAAUUCACCCGUACGACAAAAUAUCUACGCGAUGAAAUGCCUCGGGACAAAAUAAGGGAAGAAAGGAAGUUUUUUUUUGGAAGUUCAUAAUACAUUUAGUAGGUUCGUCGGGGCCCAACCAGCGUAGAAGUAUGUUAUAUUUUGUUUUACUUCUGUUCGCGAAGGAAGACAUUGGGGAGAUAUUUUGCAUGUAUUUUGACAUGUUUCGAUGACGUAACGAUUUCUUUCGAGCGAGCCUCGUAGUCUCGAUAUCGUUUACGCUUCGACGUAACGAUUCGAAGCCCUGAUCGAAUUUGCGUUCUCGCGUUAUUUUAGAUAUUUCGUUGCCCGGUUACUUUCCCAUGGGAGUUAUUUUCUGUCCGACACUUUGUCGUCGGUUUUCUUGUCGGGAAACCGAUAGAGGGGACGCGAGGAACGCGGGGUGCAAGAAAAUGAGAAAAAGAGGGAGAGGGAGAAAAGAGGCCAGAGCGACGUCGAGUCUACGAAAUCGGUCCGCAAUCGUCUCUCCGUCGUUAGAUAGUUGAAUUACGAAUCACGCAUGGAUCACCAUGGAGGAGGAAGCUGACCGAAUCCAAAUGUUUUUACUUGUAAAUUGACUUUUGUACAAAGCCCUUUUAUUGUAUUAAUAGCGACGAAGUAAUAUAAUGAUAUUACGUUGUUUUUUAAUUUUAUAUAGAUGAUAUAAUACGCGGAGGAAAAACUUUGAUUCUCCCGUAGCACUUUUCUCUGCUUUACGUUUCUCCACUCUUUCUCUCUUUCUCUCUUUCUAUCUCACUCCCUCUGUCGAGGUCUGCGUCCCCCUUCUUUCUACCGUUUCGUUUCCCUGUUUUUUUUUUCUUUUCCCUUCUUACACUUGGUCGUAGGUAUCGGAACUUGCCUCGUACAAGCCCCUAGAUGGUGACACGAGGAAAGGAACGGAGAGAGAAAACGGAUGUUAAGAUAUUAAUGGCCGCGCGGGUGAUUGGGUCGCCUGUUAUCACGUUUCCUAGACCCAAAGAGCCUCCGGACUUUUCGAUAAUGCCGUUUGACAAAUUUUAUUCGAACUAGGUGAUCUAUACAUUAUACAUAUUACGAUCAUAGGGUAAAGUAUUGUUUUUACGAUAAUUUAUCAAGUGAGACAUCGCCGAGAUUAGGUAAAUCGAGCGAGAGGAUGGGAGGGAGAAAAAGGGAGCAAAGGGAGAAAGAUAGAAAGAUAGAAAGAUAGAAAGAGCGAAAGAGCGAAUGUGAGAAAAUGAGAGAAAGAGAGGAAAGCCGACGUAUACCUGCCGUUCUCUGGAGACAGAUAGAGGUCGAGAAAAAGAGGGGAAGGAUAGGAGAGAACGGGCGACGUAGGGCGAGAACGAGAGAAAGAGAAAAGGAGCGAACUAGAGGCGCGUCUGAGUGAAGCCACGGUGGCCAACAGCGUCAGUCGCAUAGUACAAAUAUGACUUGUACAUAGGAA